GGAAAAGCGUUCAGUUAGGCGGGGAAGAAAUUUUGUCCUUCACAGUGGAAUUUUCUGACUCAGAAGCAGGAAAGUGGAAGAGCGGUGUGUUAAUGGCGGGGCUGUGAGACUAGGAACCGCUGAAAACGGGGUUUUUGGACAGUCCUGCCUCUUUGUACUAUGGCAAAUGUCAAGCAGAAGCUUUCAUUCAGGACUGAAAAGGUGUCUCGAGACAGAACAGAUGCUGAAUCUGUGAGUUUUGAACUCACGAGACGUCCUGGGAAGGUAAACAGAGAGACAGAGCGGCUCCAAGCCCGCAGAAAGUCUCUCAAUGACUCACUAGAAGGAGACAUCAGAAAUUUUCUAGUAAACGAGGCUGAACUCCACACCUAUGAUGACCUGACCAAAGUCAACCCUGUAACCCCAACCACAGUGCUAAAAUGCCUGCAGGCACGUUACAGUGCGAAAGUGUUUUACACACACGCCGGCUGCACGCUGGUGGCACUGAACCCCUUCCAGCCCAUUCCUCACCUUUACUCGCUGGACGUGAUGCGCGAGUAUCACUCAGCUUCCCAACCUCAGGACUUUAAGCCGCACAUCUUUAUCGUAGCCGAAGAGGCGUACAGGAACGUUCAGGGCCAAGUCGAACCUGUCAACCAAUCACUAGUGGUCUCAGGGGAGAGCGGAGCUGGGAAGACGUGGACGUCACGCUGCCUCAUGAAGUACUACGCCACAGUGGCUACCUCGUCACAGAAGUGCCAGCACACGGUGGAGAGGAUAGAGAGACGAGUGCUGGACUCGAACCCCAUCAUGGAAGCCUUUGGCAAUGCUUGCACUUUACGCAACAGCAACAGCAGCCGCUUUGGAAAGUACAUCCAGCUCCAGCUGAACAGUUCUCAGUUGCUGGUGGGGGCCUCGGUGCAAACGUAUCUCCUAGAGAAGACCAGGGUGGCCUUUCAAGCACCGAAUGAGAGGAAUUUCCACAUAUUUUACCAGAUGAUGAAGGGGGCCACAGAAGAACAGAGGCAGGAGUGGGAGAUGCCACGUGACCAGAAGUUUGCCUGGUUGCCAAAUGCAGAGAAAACCUUAGAAGAGGAUUGCUUCCAGGAGACGGUUGAAGCCAUGGUCAGCCUUGGCAUUGACGCAGACAAGCGUGCACAGAUUUUCAGGAUCCUGGCAGGUCUUCUGCAGCUGGGGAAUGUGAACUUCAGUCCUGGCCCUGAGUCUGAGCCCUGUGGCCUCGAUCACCAGUCCAAAGGUUUCCUAGAGAAGACAGCGGCUCUGUUGCGUGUGCCAGCAGAUGAGCUGCAGGAGUGUGUGAGCGUACGGAUGCUGCGUGCAGGAAAGCAGAGCGCCCUGCUCAAGCCCUGUUCACAGAGCGAGUGUGCUGUGCGCAGGGACUGUCUCGCUAAAGUCAUCUACGCACGACUGUUUGAUUGGUUGGUCGGCUUCAUCAACAGCAGCAUGUGCGCAGACGACUCCAUGUGGUGCAACUUCAUUGGCCUUUUGGAUGUGUAUGGCUUUGAGUGUUUCCUGCUAAACAACCUGGAGCAGUUGUGCAUUAACUACGCCAAUGAGAAGCUGCAGCAGCACUUUGUAGCUCACUAUCUGAAAGCCCAGCAGGAGGAUUACGUGUCUGAGGGACUGCAGUGGUCUUUCAUCCGCUACCAAGACAACCAGAGCUGCCUGGAUUUGAUUGAGGGAAAUCCCACCAGCAUCUUCUCUCUGCUUAAUGAGGAGUGCCGUCUGAACAGAGCCUCCGAUGCUAAGCAGUUCCGGGAGCGUCUGGAGAAGGAGCUCUCUGACAACGGCAGUAUGAGCUGGGACAAGUUUAGCAAACAGCCUCACUUCAUUGUGGCUCACUAUGCAGGCAAAGUUAGCUACCAGAUCGAGGGCAUGAUGGAGAAGAAUAAGGAUCCAGUCCCCCCUGAACUCCUCAGCUUGCUGCAAAAGUCGGAGGAUCCUCUGCUGCAGAGUCUCUUUGCAGACUCAGACACUGAAGGAAACCCUCGUGGCCACAGCAAAGUCGUCACUGUCGUCUCCAAAUUCAGGAACUCCUUGGAGAAUUUGAUGAAGAUUCUGCACAGCACCACGCCUCAUUACACACGCUGUAUUAAACCCAACCCCGACUGCAAGCCGCUUACCUUCAAGAAGGAGGAGGUCAUCACACAGCUGGAGGCAUGUGGAAUAGUGGAGACCAUCCACAUCAGUGCUGCAGGUUUCCCUAUCAGGGUUCCCUAUGACAACUUUAUCCAGCGUUACGGGCUGAUCACCAACACCAGACUCCGGGCUCAAGGAGCUGAGACUGGCGAUCAGAUCGCUCUAAGCCCCGCUGUACAGGACAUUCUGAAUGCAGUCCUGAGGACCAGUUCCCCUGACCCCGACCUCACACCCAACAACAACAACGUGAUGGUGCAUUGUGGGAAGACCAAAGUGUUCCUGACACAUGCCAUGUUGGAGCUAUUGGAAGAGCAGAGGCACAGAGUGCGCUCUCAGAAGGCCUUCUCUAUCCAGUGCUGCUGGCGCAGACACCAGUGCCGCCAGCGAGCCAUCAGGACCAAGUGUGCCACUUUCAUACAAGCAGUGGUGCGGGCCUGGCUGGUCAGGAGAGAGGUGAGGAGAUGGCACAAAGCUGCUACAGUCAUCCAGAAUAAAUGGCGGUUUUGGAGGGCUUUGAUGGACUCCCUGGCUGAGGCGGAGCUGGACAACGCUGAGGAUCUGCAGGAAGAAGAACAGGCACGCUCCAGCUUCCCCAAACCUCUAGCAGUCAGCAGCUGGCCUCUGGGCCUGGCUAUGACCUUCACCCCGAGCGUCACUGUGACUCUGACCACCACAUGUUUCCACAAGGUCAUGUCCCUCAUGGCCACACUGAAGAUCCCCUUCAGGAACGGAGAGUACAAAGUGGAGACCAACCAGUUCAACCAUGGCGUGGCCUCCAUCCGGGCACAGCCACAGGGCUCUGUGAAGCUCCACAUGCAGAGAUCUCCUCUCCGCUACGCCGACAUGUACCCAGGACCCCACACCGACGAAGUGAGUGGGUUCAAUCAGAUUCUGCUGGAGAAAACAUGAGUCUGUGUAUCCACUCUAAUCGACCAAAGCAAGCGUUACCCAAAUCAAUGCACCUUCUAAAUGCACAAGCAGGAAUGAAUGCCAGUGAAACCCAUAGCUGCCACAUCUAAUGUAAUUCCAUUUUGCUGUAUAUAUUCUGUCGGUUAACAUGUAUGUGCCUUUCGUUAAUUACAGUCUGCACACUACUGUAGGCUAUUUUAUACAUAUUUAUUCUGAGAUUAUGCUUCCUGCCUGAGGAAAUCAAUUUUAUAAUCAAAGUCUACUUAUCUGGUUUUGAUAACACUAAUAUUUAUUUGAUUAGAGAUUAUUCUUACAUGUAUUGCUUGAAAGAUAAACUGAGAACUGGGCACAGUUAAAGGGAAACACUAAAGACAUGUUUGCACAGGAGAUGUAAGUCUAAAUGGGGGGAAAAAAAUCCACUACUUGAUGGCAACAUUAGAUUCAAAGCAUAUCAGGAACCAAACAUGUCUUGAUUAAUCGACUAUUCCUUUAAUUCAUUUGAUACAUGAUCAAACCACAGAUUUUGUUUAGGAUUUAUAACUCAGAGAAAAGGGGGAACAUGACAUUAACUGGAACAUUUCUGUACUGUUUAGUACUGUGUACUUGGUAUGUACAUUUCUGCUUUAUUUCAGGCUUAUUGCACAGACAAAUAAAAAACACUACUUUUAUAGGGAAGAGUAGCAUUUAUGACUUAACGAGGAAUUCAUUUCUGUGGGUUUUUACUAUAUUUUGACUUUUUUUCAGGUCUACAUGUUAAUAAUAUAUUUAUAUGUACAAUGAUCAUGUACUGUAUUGGAGAUCUGGUACAUUUUGAGUACUUGACACUGUAAUAUUCACACUACUCAUGUUAAACUUUGGACAUUACUUGGCACAAAUGUUUGUCCUGUUUCUUAUCAAGACUAUAAAUAAGCUAAUAAAUUUGCUAUGGCAUGUUGGAUUUGUGGAACUGAUAUAAGAAAGAAGGUAUCAUUUUAUCCAAACAUCAAAUGAUUUUGUGUUUAAAGAUUAAAUGCUAGUUUUAGAUGCAUUUUAUAACCAAGCAGUUCUUUACUACAGGUAUUUUGACAUCGCAGAUUUUUUUUGGUAGUCAGUGUGAAUUUUAGUCUUUUUCAAAAAUAAAAAUCACAUUUUAUUUGGUUACAGUAUAUAUUCAUGGGACAAUAAUCGAACA